UCCGGUUGGGGGAGGAAGCGCUUCCGGGUCAGGUGACGCCUCAGCUGGGGUUGCCCAGCAGCAUGUCAGUCUUCCGCUCGGGCCUGUUGGUUCUGACGUCCCCGCUGUCGGCGCUGUCCCUACGUCUGGUGCCCAUCCUGGCCUCGGCGGCUCGACUGGUGCAAGACACUCUCUAUGUCCACCUGCAGCCAGGGCUCAGCUUGACCGGCUCCACGCAACCUCGCUCCACGUAUGUCCCUGCUACCUCGGAAGUGUGCACUCUUAUAAGCAAGUUAUACGCCGACGCUGACGUUCACGCCCACCUGGAUGUCCGGGUGCUGCUCACCAAUAUCCUCAACCAGGGCACUGCCCCGCCGGCGCUUGGAUCGGUGCAGAAUCUCUCCCAGCCGCCCGAGGUGGUGCUCACUGACUUUGAGACUGGCGACGGGGGUCAGUCCAACCCGGUCAAGCAGCGCCUGGAGCGCUACGCCACCAGCUGUUACAGUUGCCGGCCCAAUCUCAUCUCUGUUUUGCUAUACCCAGAGUACGAGCUGGAGGCUGUCGAUGGGGAGCUGCUUCCUCAGCCGGAGACCGGUGCGACCGACGAGCCUCUUCAGAGCCACAGCGACGUGGUCGUGGGGGGCACUUUUGACAGGCUUCACAACGGCCACAAGAUCCUUCUGAGCGUGAGCUGCAUGCUGGCAGAAAAGCGACUCCUGUUGGGCAUCUCGGACAAAGAUCUCCUGGAAAGUAAGAUGCUGAAGGAGCUAAUCCUCCCCUAUGAGCAGCGUGUUGCUCAGCUGAGCGAGUUCCUGGUGGACGUCAAGCCCUCCCUGCAGUAUGAAAUCGUCCCCCUGCUCGACCGCUUCGGCCCAUCCAUCACCGACCCCCACCUCAAAUGCAUCGUGGUCAGUGAGGAGACCCUCAAGGGGGGUCUGGCCGUCAACAAGAAGAGAAUGGAAAAUGGGCUGGCUGAGUUGGCUCUCCACGAGAUCAUGUUGGCCGGAGAUGCCCAGCAUGGCAAAAAUGAGGAAGAGAAGAUCAGCUCCUCUAGCCUGCGGUACAGGCUGCUGGGAACCCUGCUGCGCCCCCCACAGAAAGAUUCGUCGCUUCCUCCCUUCCCCUACAUCAUUGGCCUGACAGGGGUAUCUGGCACCGGCAAGAGCUCCAUCGCUCAACAUUUGGCUCGUCUUGGGGCUUUCCAUUUGGACGUGGACACUCUGGGGCACGACAUCUAUGCCCCAGGAGGGCCUGUGUACGAUCAGGUGGUGGAAGCAUUUGGAGGAGAUAUCUUGAAGGAAGAUGGAACUAUUGACCGAGCAAUCUUGGGGGCCAAAGUGUUUGGAGACCAGGGGCAGCUGAAGAGGCUCACCAACAUCAUGUGGCCUGUGAUGGCUCAGAUGGCCAAAGAGAAGAUCGAGGAGGCAGCUGCACAGGGAGCGACCGUCUGUGUGCUGGAUGCGGCCGUGCUGCUGGAGGCAGGGUGGGCGGACAUGGUGCACGAAAUCUGGACUGUCAUUCUCCCUGAGGAGGAGGCCAUCAGUCGCAUCGUCGUCCGAGACGGCAUCAGCGAGGAGGCUGCCCGGAAACGCCUGCAGAAUCAAAUGCCCAGCAGCCAGCGUGUGAAACACUCACAUGUGGUUCUUUGCACAAUGUGGGAACCGGAGGAUACAUAUGAGCAGGCAGAAAAGGCUUGGGCCCUGCUCCAGAAGCGCCUCAAAGAGGAGUAGAGCUUGAACGGUGAGAUGGGGGGGAAUCACCUCUGCACUCCGCUUCCUCUGCACUGCCGAACUGG